AUGUCUUUCAGCUUUGGAAACCCAUCCGGUACGCCGGCUUCGAGCAGCGGCACGAACCCGACGACAUCUGCGCCGGCCAGCGGAGGCCUUUUUGGCGGCGCUGCCGCUGGAGGCAGCGGCUUCUCCUUUGGUAACUUGGGCAGCAAUACGCCUGGAGGAGCAACCGCUGGUUCAAGCAGCAGCACUCCUGCGGCGGGCGGAGGUCUCUUUGGUGCCAGUACAGGACAGAAGCCGGCGGGCGGUCUCUUCGGCAACGCGACACCGGCAGCGUCGUCCUCAGGAACACCCGCCUCGGCCGGCGGUCUUUUUGGAGCGAAGCCUGCAACUGGCGCAUCUUCGACUCCAGCGGCUUCUGGAGGUCUCUUUGGAAACACGAGCUCGAGCACACCAGGCGCGUCUGCGCCUGCCUCAGGAGGUCUAUUCGGUGGUGCCGCAGCUAGCAGCACUCCUGCUGCGUCAUCUGGCGGUCUUUUUGGAGGUGCUGCCGCGUCAAAGCCGACUACAAACCUCUUCGGUGGUGGAAACACAGGAACAUCUACACCAUCUGCUGGAGGUCUCUUCGGCCAGAACGCUUCUUCAACACCCUCAUCGGCACCUGCACCCUCUGCUGGAGCUGGAGGACUGUUCGGUAACAUGAACAAGCCUGCUGCCAGCACGCCAACCGCCUCAGCAACCACAGCUACCCCUGCGAAGCCUGCACUUUCAUUCGGAGGAUCGACUACUCCGGCUGGAGCCCCCCCUGCUGGCGCAAGUAAGCCUGCCACUGGCGGUCUCUUUGGUGGUGCCGCAGCAUCUGGCUCGGCUGCUCCAUCUCCAUUUGGAGCCGCGGCCGCCGCGAAGCCUGCAGAGAGCAGCGGCGCUGGUGGUCUCUUCGGUGGUGCUGCUCAGUCCAAGGCUGCUUCGACGGCUCAGCCUGCCAGCACAGGAGGUCUUUUCGGUGGUGCGCAGGCACAACAACCUGCUGCUGCUGCCGGCGGCCUAUUCGGUGCUCCGAAGCCGGCGGCAUCGCCCGCCCCCGCCUCCGGCGGCCUGUUCGGUCAAGCUGCUACUACCAGUGCGGCUCAGCCUGCCUCAACUCCGGCUACCGCUCCUGCUGCCUCCGGUGGCCUCUUUGGCAAUGCAGCUUCCACGCCGGCCGCGUCCACAGCACAACCCGCAGCCAGCGCCGGUGGUCUGUUUGGAGCGAAGCCCGCGGCCACUUCCGCCUCUACUCCGACUACCACCGCAGCUCCGUCCUCUCUGUUCGGUGGUGCGACUACUGCUGCUCCGGCGGCUAAGCCUGCCAGCGGCGGUCUCUUCGGAGCCGCUCCGGCAGCCAGCACGUCUCAGCCGGCAGCUGCUGCCACAACCACGGCGCCGGCCGCUACCCCUGCCGCUGCCACAACAUCUACAGCCCCCAGUGCGACUCCCGCUGCCGCCGGCGGUCUUUUCGGUGCGAAGCCAUCCACCCCUGCAGCUCCGGCGACGACUCAGACCGGCACUGCACCUGCUACUACUACUGCUGCCGCUACUGCCACAUCAAACACCCUUGGUGCCUCAACCACUGGCCCAACUUCCCAGCUGCCUCGCCUAAAGAACAAGUCAAUGGAUGACAUUAUCACUCGCUGGGCCUCUGAUCUGUCCAAGUACCAGAAAGACUUCAAGCACUACGCCAACCAGGUUGCCGACUGGGACUUGGGCCUGGUCGACAACGGCGAGAAGAUUCAGAAGCUUUACUUGAACACGUUCGAGGCUGAGAAGGCCAGCCACGAGAUUGAGCGUCAGCUUCAGGCCGUCGAAAGCCAGCAGGACGAGCUCGAGGAGUGGUUGAACCGCUACGAGAGUGAGGUCAAGGAGAUGUUCUCCAAGCAGAUGGGCCAGGGCGAGACACUCGCCGGACCUGACCAGGAGCGCGAGCGCACCUACAAGCUGGCCGAGAAGCUGACUCAAAACCUUGAUGAGAAGAGCAGAGACCUGUCCAAGAUGGUCAAGGAAAUCAACGACAUUUCCGGUACUCUGAGCAAGGGCACCAAGCCAGAGGAUCCCUUGAGCCAGAUUGUCCGUGUUCUCAACGGCCAUCUCUCGCAAUUGCAGUGGAUCGACACCAGUGCGGCAUCUUUGCAAGCCAAGGUGUCUGCCGCUCAAAAGGCGAACAACAACAUGGGCAGUCAAUAUGGAGCCCCGGAGACGGACGCAGCAGAGAGCUUCUACCGGUCUUAUAUGGGACGGCGUUGA